CUAGGGUUUAUCACCAGGGCUUCUUCUUCUCUUUGUUUGAGAAGCAAAGCAAGCAGCAUUUUUCAGUCUUCUCAUCUCUAAAUUUCUACAACCAGCUCCCUCCAUCUUCCAUCAAUGGGGAAGAAAAGAGAGAGGCACCAAAAUCCAGAACCUUUCCUCCCAGAGGAUACAGACUCUAUUGUCUCCUCCACUAAAACACGAUCCAAAGCAUCAAAACACCACCAGAAACAGCAAAAAAUGAUAUCCUCGGGGAUGAGCUCGAAAAUCUUGAAGCAAGCGUUGAUUCAGCAGAAGGAGAUUCAAGCCGAGGAGAGAAACCCUAAUUUUAAUGCUCUGGAGGAAGAAUUGCCUGAGCCUGAAGGAGAGGAAUGUGCCGAGGAUCAAAUUGAUGAUUUUAGUGGCUUCUCCGAGACUCAAAGCCAGUUUAACGAUUAUCCUGAGGAGAUUGAUGAGAAUGAUGAGAAAUUGCUGGAGGCAUUCUUGUCAAAGGAUGCUGGUCCACAGCGAACACUUGCCGACCUUAUUAUUGAGAAAUUAAAAAAGACUGAUGCAAAUGUUUCCUCAGAGUUACAGCCUAUACCUAAGCUGGACCAGUCUCUGAUAGAUUUGUACAAGGGAGUUGGCGAGUAUCUCAGUAAAUACACAGCUGGAAAGAUACCUAAGGCAUUUAAGCACAUCCCUUCUAUGCAACUUUGGGAGGAUAUCUUGUACCUGACUGAACCUCAGAAAUGGUCACCAAAUGCAAUGUAUCAAGCCACUAGAAUCUUCUCUUCUAAUUUGGGUGCAAAGAAGGCAGAGCGUUUCUAUAGGCUUGUCUUACUUCCUAGGGUUAGAGAUGAUAUUAGGACGAAUAAGAGGCUGCAUUUCAGUCUGUAUCAAGCUUUGAAAAAGUCUCUGUAUAAACCUGCUGCAUUCAACAAGGGAAUAUUGCUUCCGUUGUGUAAGUCAGGGACGUGCACUCUUAGGGAAGCUGUUAUUGUUGGAAGUAUCAUUCAAAAGGUCUCCAUUCCUAUGCUUCAUUCAUGUGUUGCAGUGUUGAAGCUUGCGGAGAUGGAAUAUUGUGGCACAACAAGUUAUUUUAUCAAGCUUCUAUUGGACAAGAAAUAUGCCUUGCCAUUUCGCGUACUUGACGCAGUUGUUGCUCAUUUCAUGAGAUUUAUCGAGGAUACAAGAAUAAUGCCUGUAAUUUGGCACCAAUCGCUUCUUUCAUUUGUGCAAAGAUGCAGGUCAACAAGGGAAAUUACUAAUAAUUACUAUUUUCAAAUUAUUUGUAAUUGUAUUUAUUGUGUGCUUUUUUCAUUUUAGGAAGUUUUCCACUUGAAAAUAUUUGCAACAAUUAGGAUUUUAUUAUUGUUACGGCAUUUUAUUGUUAUUUUAUUUGAGUAGCGAAUUUGUUUUCUUCUUUAGUCUGAGACGACUCUAGGUUUUUUCUGUGUCAUGUAUUGUUUGUAAUUGAAAAGCCAUUUUGAUGGAUGGGAUCUAUGAAUGUUGCAACCUCGCAUAAUCAGGUGUCUCUCGGUGUUCUUCUCUCUAACAGUAAUGUGGCUCUUCGAUGUCUAUAUAAUAUUUUGUUUCUUCUUUGAGCAGCAAUGGAACCUUUUUUCUAGCAGCAAUAAAUUUUUUUUGGAGGUGCCAAUUGAUGUAGAAAUGGAACAUGAAUUAAAGAAAUAAAAAGAAAAAAAACCCUAGAGAUUGACUAGGGGUUCUUUGAAUCACAAGGAAAGAAGAACAAACAUUCUUCAGGUGAAACAAUCAAUUUCGAGGUCAUGAUAAUUGAUUUAAUUAUUUAAAACGCCAUUCAAUUACAUAGAAUGUGCUUCUAUAGGCACAUGAGAAAUCUAGAAGAUCCCUAAACUAAUGAAGGAAACAAAAUCAACAAAAACCAUUCUUAGCAAUAAUGAAAUCUUGGUUAUUUGCAACUAUUGUAAUCAGAGAACUUCUUAACAAUGAUAGAACUACACAAUUAACAAAAUUACAAGUAAUUUGAAAAUAACCCUUCUUGCCAUGCAUCCUAACUGAAGAUUAGGACUCUCAUUUCACACCAUGUGCAUUCUGCCAACUGAAAUUGUCGUGUUCGCAUUAGUUUUUGUUAAUUACUGUGCCUUGAUGGGCAACAUCAGAAUAGGCAGUCUCAAGCUAUAUUUUAUUGUUCUUCCCUUGUUUCUGAAUUUCCAUCUCCCCAACUUGAGAUUUCCUUUUUCAGCCUAAUUUCUCCUUUGAGCAGCACUGUAUGACAUGAGAUGCCUCUUCCUAAACGCUCUUGCAUUAUUUAUUAGUUUUUAUGCUAUUAAAUAAAGUAGCUGCCUCAAAACACAUUUGCCUUUUCAC